UCAGAGGCGAAAUUUCGUAGCGGCCAAUAACAAUCGCGCUCACUGUGCGAGGGGUGUGUUAAGAUAGGUUAAGGACAACUAAACACCCCACAACCUAACACUUCAGUUUGGUUUGAUCUUUCGGUUCGUUUUUACACACGUGAUUUUUCUUUCUUUGUUGUUUGACCGUUUGUUUAUUAUUAACUGUUAAAAUGUUGUUUGGUGGCGUAAAUCAAGGAGACAACUUUUGCAAAGGCUAUUCUCAAGAAAAAUGCAAGAUUGUUCUUCAAAACAAAGACCUCUGGACAAAAUUCCACCAGCAUGAAACAGAAAUGAUCAUUACGAAGUCAGGAAGACGAAUGUUCCCUGCUCUCCGGGCCCAAGCGUAUGGUCUUGAUCCAAAUGCUCACUAUUGUGUUCUUUUGGAAUUUUCAUCGGCUAGUUCUUGCCGGUACAAAUAUUCCGCUUCUGGCGGAUGGACUGCUGCUGGUGCAGAAGAAGCUCAUUCUCCUCAGAGAAUUUACCUUCAUCCAGAAUCUCCAGCCACUGGGGAACAUUGGAUGGCGCAACCGAUUUCCUUUGGAAGACUGAAGCUGACCAAUACACCAAAUCCUCCGCCUGGGCACAUUGUUUUGUCCUCCAUGCACAAGUACCAACCACGUAUAAUCAUUGUACAAACCAUGGAUCCCAGAACUGUCGGCUGGGCUCCAUCAAUUUCAACUGUAUUCCCAGAAACAGAAUUCAUCGCUGUGACUGCAUAUCAAGUAAGUUAUUUUAUUAUGAUAACUGUUUUUUAUUGAUACAAGCUUUGAAAGUAUUCACACGGUUAUAACAAUGGUUUUAUUAAACAUAUUUUAAU